AAGACAAGUUUGCCAUCCGCCAAAGCCUGCGUCCAAAUUGAAAUCGCCAAUCGCAAAUUGAAAUCACCAGUGGCCUCAUCACGCUGGCUGGCUGCUGCAAACCCAAAUUCCAUAGCCCAAUUCCGCGUCGUUCAUACCCAAAGCCUCCAUCCCCGUACAUUUCUCUCUCUCUCUCUCUCUCUCUCCUUCGAUGGGAAGCAACGCCGCUUCCUGGCCGGUUAUCUGCCGCUGGUGGUUCAAAACCCUAACCCUAAAAUACUGUCAGCUGUGAAAGUGUUGCUUUCUACUGGCAUGGACGAAGAGCGGUUCAUAUCGGCGAGGGAAAACCCUAGAAAUCUCGCCGGGUUCAGCAACGGCGCCAGAGUCAUGCCCGGCGAGGCAUCCGCCGCGCAGAAGCCCAUGCCGACGAUUCUCGACCGGUUCAAGGCUGUGCUCAGAGACAGAGAGGACGAUAUGCGAGUUUCAAUGGCGGGCGACGACCAGGACGUUCCUCCGCCCACUAGCGAGGAAGUUGUGCGGCUUUACGAGCAGAUGUUGUCUGAGCUUACUUUCAAUUCGAAGCCCAUAAUUACCGACCUUACCAUAAUUGCCGGCGACCAGAGGGAGCACGGAGAGGGCAUUGCCGAAGCGAUUUGCGCCCGGAUUCUCGAGGUCCCAGUUGAGCAAAAACUGCCCUCUCUUUAUCUUUUGGACAGUAUUGUCAAGAAUAUAGGCAAGGAAUAUGUGAGGUACUUCUCUUUGCGUUUGCCGGAGGUUUUCUGUGAGGCUUACAGGCAAGUUCAGCCUAACCUGUAUCCUGCCAUGCGCCACCUCUUUGGGACCUGGUCCACUGUGUUUCCAGCUUCAGUGCUUCACAAGAUUGAGGCACAAUUGCAGUUUUCUCCAUCAGCAAAUCGUCAAUCGCCCAGCCUGACAACCCUAAGGGCUUCUGAGUCCCCUCGACCAACUCAUGGAAUACAUGUCAAUCCUAAAUACUUGGAAGCAAGACAUCAGUUUGAACAUUCAACUGCAGAUAGUAACAAUCAACCUGCAAGGGGAACUUCUUCAACUUCAAAAAACAAUAGACAGAAACCUGCCAGUGGAUAUGAUGAAUAUGAUUCUGAAAAUGUGGAGGUCAUAUCAUCACAGGUUGGAACUCCAGGAUUGAGCUCAACUGCUCAUGCAACUCGUAGUUCUUUUGCUUUGGGUGCUGAAAAGUUGCCUCUGCCUUCAGCUUCCAGGCUUUUAAACUCUUCUCCUUUUAGAAUUGAGCACGGAAGAUCGUUAUCACCACCCGUUGAUAUUGCAGUGGACAAUUCCCCUAGGAGGGUCAUUGAAAGGGCCUCCCCAUCUCGUCUUGGGUUUGAAUAUGGGCAUGGCAGAAUGACAGGCAGAGAGGAUCAGUCAAGUCAUUGGCCAGGGAAGCGCUGGUCUGAUGGUUCUUAUAAGCUAGUAGAAACUUCUCCUCUAUAUCCUAAUGGAAUUGAGCUUCAAAGACCCAGGGCACUUAUUGAUGCGUAUGGAAGUGAUGAAAGGAACCAAACUUCAAGCAAGCCUUUGAAGGUUGAUAUGAAUGGCAUGGAUAAUAAGUUCAACAUAAAAACAUGGCAGAAUACUGAAGAGGAAGAAUUUGAUUGGGAAGAUAUGACCCCAAAUGUAGCAAACCGGAGACAGAAUAAUGACGUACCAUCAUCAUCUGGCCCGCCUAGCUUUAGAACAAGACCUGGCUAUGGAACUAAUAUUGCAGAUGCCGAUUUCAGGAGGAGCAAUCAUUUGACUCAAGCACGCAUUUCUAUCCAUAAGGAUUCUUCUGUAAUUCCUGAAGAUUCUGAUCCAACUCUCAGUUCAGGUCGUGGAUCAAGCAGUAACAUCACAGGAUUGCAUGAGAAUACCACAAAAAUUCUGAGCUCUCAUUAUCCUCAAGGAAGGCUGAAUUUUCUUGGUCAGCCUUCACAUCAUCCGCUUAAUGCUGUAAGAAAUGCAAGGAAUUUCCAAAUGCUUGGUUCAUCUGGUGCUGAGCAAAGACCUCUUCUUAGCAGUUAUCCUGAUGUUGAUGCACAUCCUCAUGGAUCCUCUAGCAAUGUGUCAAGGAUUGGAGCUGCAGGUCUUGAUACAUGGAAGUCAGAAGCUCUUUCAGGUACUGCGCCACCAUCAACUGGGGUGUGGACUGCAGUUAACGUACAAAAACUUCGCCCUUUCCCUGUACCGCAUCUUCUUCCACCACAGAAACAGACUCAGAAUAAGUUUGAGUCAAUGAAUGCUAAUCAAGCACUUAACAAGUCAAUUUUGCCCGAGCAUCAGUUUAGUAAUAUUCGAAACAAGACAGUAAGCUCAAUAAAGCCACUUUUAUUUCCUAACCAGCAGUCUGGAUCAAUCCUUUUGAAUCCACAGAAUGCUGGGCAAGUUUCUUCUGUACAACAACAAUUGCUAUUGACUCAAGAAGCUCGGAAAAAUUUAGUUCCACCUACUGCUAUUCCCACUGCAGUUUCUGUUCCAUCUCCAGCACAAACCUUGACUCAUGGAUAUACAUCUCAAGGACAUUAUACUGCAGUAACUAGUGUACUUUCAAACCCGAUUCCCGGUGUGCAUCCACCCAUGUCAAUGCUCAAUGCACCAGGCGGCUCUAUCCAUUUGCAGGGGGGAGGCUUACCCCCUUUACCUCCAGGGCCUCGUCCUCCAUCACAAAUGAUACCUAUCUCACACAAUCCAGUUCCCAUUGCCUCCAACCCUCAAGCUGGGGGUGCAAUCACGGGUUUGAUUAGUUCUCUCAUGGCUCAAGGUUUGAUCUCAUUAACAAAAGAAACUCCUUUGGAGGAUUCUGUGGGACUUGAAUUCAAUCUUGAUGUUCUGAAGGUGAGGCAUGAGUCUGCAAUAACAGCUUUAUAUACUGGUCUCCCAAGGCAAUGCACAACAUGUGGUCUUCGGUUCAAAUCCCAAGAGGAGCAUAGUAUUCAUAUGGAUUGGCAUGUCACAAAAAACCGCAUAAGCAAAAACCGUAAGCAGAAGCCUUCUCGCAAGUGGUUUGUAAGUGUUAGCAUGUGGCUUACUGGUGCAGAAGCAUUGGGGACUGAUGCAGUCCCUGGGUUUUUACCUGAUGAGAGCAUUGUUGAAAAGAAGGACGAUGAAGAAUUUUCUGUUCCUGCUGAUGAGGAUCAAAAUGUCUGUGCGCUGUGUGGAGAGCCUUUUGAUGACUUUUAUAGUGAUGAGACUGAGGAAUGGAUGUACAAGGGAGCUGUCUACAUGAACGCUCCUGGUGGGUCAACAGCUGGCAUGGAUCGGUCUCAGUUAGGUCCCAUAGUACAUGCUAAAUGCAGGUCAGAGUCUAGUGCGGUUUCUCCUGAAGGUUUUGGACAAGAUGAAAAGGGUUAUACAGAAGAGGGUAGUCAAAGGAAACGGCUAAGGACCUAGCAGUUAGAUUGGCUUUUAGAGGUCCUCUGUACCUUAAUCUUGAGUUAUUCUUGUUAAUUGGUAUGCUCUUAUAUGUAGCAUUGGUGCUGGUGGUGCCUUUGAUUCUGAUGCCAGAACUAUGUACAUGUAUAGUUGAAAUUACAAUGCUCAUUUUCUUGCAGCAAAAGGUUACAGAUACAACUCUUGGUUUCUGGCAUUUGCAUUUAGCAAUCAAAGUUAGGGAUCUUGGUUUUCGAAACUUUAUUGCAA